GUUCUCUCUCUCUCCCUAGAGUUUAAUGGUGGGGCUUCUGAGAUUGUAAGAAGAAUCUUGAACAAACAACAAAGAAAGAAACAGGCUUUCAAAAGAGGUUUUGAUUGAUAUAUCAACAAAAAGUUUCAAACUUGAGGUCAAAUCUUGGUCAAUUUUUAGUUAUAUCAACAAAAAGUUUCAAACUUGAGGUCAAAUCUUGAUCAAUUUUGAGUUAUAUCAACAAAAAGUUUCAAACUUGAGGUCAAAUCUUGGUCAAUUUUGAGUUCAAGAUUGAGCCAGUGAUGGCAGAUUGUUCUUGAAAUAUAAGCGAUAAAGUUCCUGUUUUUCGAUAAAAUUUGUGGGAUUUCGAGUACAAGAUCAUAGCUAUGGAUGAUGGUGUAUUUCCGGCUAAUAACAUGUUCGCGAAUCCAUCCGAAUCCAUGUUGGGUUUCGAUUACAUGGAUGACGAACUCUUUUCGGAAGGAUGUUGGUUACAAGCAACACAAGUAUCCGAUUUCUUAAACAGUAAUAGUAAUAAUAAUAAUAUUCCGGUUUUUGAUCCCUCGUUUCUGUGGCCACCCUUGGAGCUCAACAGCAUUGAUCAUAUACCAGAAGAUGUUCAAGAAUAUGUUAGUCAAAGUCAAAGUCAAACUGCAGAUGGGAUUUUGUCAAAAGCCCGUGUUAGUAAUUCGGUUGGAUUUCUUGAUCAGUCGAGGCGAAGAUGGUGGAUCCCGCCAAGUGUGAACGUUGGGGUGAAAGAAAGGCUAGUCUACGCGAUCGAGAAUGUAAAACAUUCUGCGCUACACCAACACGCGCUUAUUCAAAUAUGGCUGCCUGAAAACCGAGAAGGAACUAAAUUUUUGAGCACAAAUGAUCAACUUUUCUCACUCGGGUCGAACUGCCCGCAGCUUUCUAAAUUUAGAAACAUAUCGGGAAACUAUCGGUUUGCAGCGGAGGGUGAUUCGAAGGACAUUGUUGGGUUACCCGGGAGGGUAUUUAUGGGAAAAGUUCCUGAAUGGACUCCCGAUGUUCAGUUUUUUAAACCGGUAGAGUACCCGAGAGUUGGUCAUGCUCAGCAGUAUGAUGUCCGUGGGAGUGUUGCGGUACCGAUCUUUUAUCAUGAUAGACGAAGCUGUCUUGGUGUUAUUGAGGUUGUUAUGACGACUCGAAAGAGUAAUUAUGCGUCCGAGAUUGAAGAUUGUUGUAAAGCUCUUGAGGCGGUUGACCUCAGGAGUUUCGAAAUAUCAAACUCUCCGAAAUUCAAGGUGUCGGAUCAUCCGUAUCAAGCAGCUUUACCCGAAAUUCUCGAGAUCCUAAAAUCGGCAUGCAAAUCGCAUAACUUGCCUUUGGCUCAAACUUGGGUCCCCUGCAUACAACAAGGAAAAGACGGGUCUCGGCAUUCAGAGACAAACUUGAUCCAUUGUAUAUCCACGAUGGAUCCCGCAUGUUACGUGCACGAUCCCCGUUUUAAAGAUUUUCAAGAAGCAUGUUCCGAGCACCAUUUGUUAAAAGGCCAAGGUGUUGUGGGUAGAGCCUUCACCACGAACCAACCGUGUUAUGUUUCAGAUGUAACAUCGAUGACAAAAACCGAGUACCCGCUUUCACACCAUGCUCGGGUUUUUGGUUUAUGCGGGGUUGUUGCAAUUCGAUUUAGAAGCACUUUAACAGGCAAUGUUGAUUAUGUGUUGGAGUUCUUUUUACCUGUUGAUUGUAAAGAUCAAGAAAAGCAAAUGAGUUUGCUCAACUCGUUGUCGGGUAUUAUAGAAAACACGUGCCAGAAUUUAAGGAUUCUUACUGAUAACGAGUUAUUGGAAGAAGGUUCGGUUGUGACCGAUAGUGUAGAAGUAGUGAAAGUUGAACAAAUCUUGGCGGAAAAACCCGUGGAUUUGCUUAGAGAACAACAUAAUGAGUCAGGCUCCGGUGAGGGUAGUUUGGUCAACGAUGGUAUUAAGCGACCAGAGAGACGGCGGGGCGGUACCAAAACCGAGAAGACCAUCACUCUGGAAAUGCUUAGACAGUAUUUUGCUGGCAGCUUGAAAGACGCUGCUAAGAAUCUUGGUGUUUGUCCAACAACUUUGAAAAGGAUAUGUCGACAACAUGGGAUCCAACGUUGGCCUUCACGGAAGAUCAAGAAAGUUGGUCAUUCAUUACGAAAGAUCCAGCUUGUGAUGGAUUCGGUUCAAGGGGCUCCCGGAUCAUUCCAAAUCGACUCUUUUUAUUCAAACUUCCCGAAGCUUGCGUCUUCGGAUCCAAACACAAGCUCGUUUUCACCUUCAAAGAUCCAUAAUAUCGAUGCAAAGGGCGUCGAUGGUGUCACCAAGUCGCUUUCAUCAUCAUGUAGCCAAACUUCGAGUUCUGGACAAUCGUGUUCAAGCGGGACCCAACCGUCCACGGGUAAUAACGUUUUGAAAAGAGAUCGGAGUGAUGCCGAGCCUCAUGUUUCACCUUUUGUUCAAGAUGAAGAACACGAACAAAAAGGUUUUCAAACAUCGCAUAGCCAUAAGUCGCUCACUGAGCUCACGGCUGCUUCAACGCUACCCCCAAAAGGCGGGAAUGCUCGAGAUAACAAUAUCCAAAGAGUUAAAGUGACAUAUGGCGAAGAAAAGGUGCGUUUUCGUUUGCAAAAAGACACGGGGUUUAAUCAAAUACUAGAAGAAAUUGCAAAGCGGUUUAGCAUAAACGAUAUCAACUGUUUUCAUCUCAAGUACUUUGAUGAUGAUUCAGAAUGGGUUCUUUUAACUUGUGAUGCCGAUCUAGAGGAAUGCAUUGACGUUUAUCGAUCGUGUAAGGGCGGGACAAUUCAACUGGCUCUUUUUGAACCUCAUCAUACGGGUGGCAGUGUAGGUAGUAGUAAUGUGAUCUUGUAACAAGCUAUAAGUGGUUGAUAAUUAGAAAAACGUCGGGUUACAAGUUAAGUUACAUCUACAUUCAUCUAGCUGUAAUCUAUAACUUGAGGUACCACUAUAUAUUAACAAUCUUUGCACUCA